AUGACACUACAAGACUCAAUUGACCUCACACAUGUCGGUCCCGCAACCACUUCCACCGAAUCGCUACUGGUCUUCUUCAUUACUGGAAAUCCGGGCCUCAUAGGAUACUAUCGCACUUUCCUCACGCUGUGCUUCGAUAGCCUUCGAACCAACUACUCGGGCUAUCACAUCAAACUCGCAGGAACGAGCCUUCGUGGGUUUGGAGUGCAAGACGAUAAACAUCAACAUGCUGUCAGUGACAAUGCAGAAGGACCAUAUGAUUUGGAAAAGCAGAUAGAGCACAUGGGCCAGAUGCUCGAAAGAGCAAUUGAGAGCCAUGCAAGACAAGAUUGUACGACGAAAGUGAUAUUGAUGGGUCAUUCGGUGGGCUCGUACAUUCUGCUCGAGGUCUUGAGACGGCGGAAGCAAAACCCAACAACCCAGCAAUUGAGCAAUGAUGCCAAAGUCAUUGGUGGAAUCUGUCUGUUUCCUACGGUCACUCAUAUCGCAAAGAGUCCAAGCGGCAAGAAGUUUAGUNNGUAUNNAUAUCUUGCUGGUCACGAGAUGAAGACCAUAACGACGGACGCUUGGGACGACGAGCUCUGGGGUCUCUCAAAGGCACAGAACUCGAGCGGCAACAAGACGAAGCUGUACUUUUAUUUUGGCACCGACGACCAUUGGGUUGCCAACGAGACUAGAGAUGAGCUCAUCGCUGCCAGAGCUGCAACGGGAAAAGUGGGAGAAGAGGACAAGCCCAUCAUGGAGAUCGAUACGCAUGGCACUCCUCAUGGUUUCUGCAUCACCGCUGGGCUCCAAGAUCGUCUGGGCACGAUGCUUCCGUCAACAUAA